AGGUGAUGUACCCUGCAUAACACUGUACAAGCUAAUCGUCGCCCAAGCAAGACCAGCAUUCAAAUUGAUACUGUAGCUUGUGACGUUCACAGAAGGUAGCCGACAACCUGUACAAAAAGGCAAUCCUUGGCUCCGAGUAUCGUGCUACUAUUACUCUAAACCACAUCAGUCUUUCUUUUGGAAGCUUGAGAGUUGGCACGAACCUGCGGCACCGCCAGUCUGCUCAUUUGAUACGAAUCGCUCAUCAUCACUCCUGAAGAGCGGAAGCAAGCAAGUUCACAACUUUCUUCUUUCGUAGAAUCGAAUCAUCCAAGCCAGCAAGCAACUUCUUCCUGAAGCUUACCUACCUCCAUUAUCUCUUCCAGCCUCUUAUCAUCAGAUAGCAGAUUGAUUGGUUGAAUCUGCUCUAGCUGUAUACCCUUCUUUCCAUUCUAUUCUCUUCUAUACCAUUAUCUUCACAAUGAAUCAACUCGGACGCUUCCUAGUUUCCCUCCUGGCCUGUGCCUCCUUGGUGGUAGCUGUCACACCAUCCGCCGCCAGCAUUGAUAGCAGCAUCGAAAGGAGCUCUUCCAUUAGCUCUGUGGUGUCUCAAGAAGCCCUCCAUCGAGUCAGUGAUGAAUUAGCCCAACAGUUGCAUCGACAAACUGGCGACAACCUGCGCCAUCUACAAUCUACUGCCGAAGACUUUGACGAGUUUCGUGAACUCUUCAAGCGCAUCACUGUCUGGCUUCCCGACUUUGAAACGUCCCAACAAAUCCUCUUUGCCGAUCUCAAUCUCAAAGCCCGCAACAUCAAGUGCUUCAACAUUGUCCUUGGCAAAAUGGACAUUAACUACAACAUGACCAGUGCUCAGAUGCUCGAGUUUCUCGUCGAUAUCAACGAUCUAGACUUGAAAUGUACACUUGACUACGAAUGGACCUACUCCUUCUUUAAUGGAGCUGGCGUCGCCACUAUUGACUUGAACGACAACACGGCCAAAACAAAACUCGUCUUUGAAUCCGACGAUUACGCACUCCAUCCUCCCAAAUCCAGUCGCAUGGAAUCCUGCGAUGCCGACAUUACCAUUACCGACAUGUCCUUUACGGGAACCGUCACGGACGCCGUACUCAAUGCCUUUGAGGGACUCUUACGGGGAUAUGUACAAGAUGCCGUCAAGGACGCGGCAUGUGUCGAACUGGGUGCCUUGGGAACCGAGUUGGUACAAGACAUGAUUGAUCGGGCCGCCGAAUUGCUCGAACCCUAUUUGCUGCCGCUCGAGCCGUGGCAGACGAAUGCUACCAUUGCCGAAGACAACAUGACGCUUCCCACGGACAUUUCGCUCAUGAACUUUCAAGAUGAGGGAGAAGAUCAGACAUGGUUCUACAGUGCCCUACAAGAAGUCGAUGCCGCACUCGGAGUGUGGUUGAUUGAUCCCAACGCUCCUCCCGAACGCAAUGGAAGAGAUCUGGGAGUCAACAUUUUCUUGCGCGAAAACAUUCUAGAUGAUAACCGCGCACUCGAAAUGAGUGUCGACGACUUUCCAUUCGAGUUUGAACCAGUCAUCUUUCAAGGACACGAUGAAUUCACCGAAACCAAAAUCACCAUUGACGUCAUCCGGGUCUUUGGUCUUGAUACCUUUAGCUACUUUGCUCCCUUUAUCAAUCAGGGAAAGUACACCUUGCAGAACUUUUUGUCGUGGGAUUUCCUCACCUUUGAAGUCGAUACUACCAUUGACAUGAAACCAAGUACACUGGGAGAGGCAAGCAUCCUCGAAUCCACUCACGAAGACAGCGACAUUCAUAUCGUCGAAAAGGUCCGAAUGAGGUUCGGAGUCGAAAACGUCAACGCUACCAUGUCUGCAUUGUUGGCCAUUGAUUCCGAUGCUUUUGGAAAACUCAAACUAGGCUCGCUCAUGUGGACGGAAAACAUCUUGCCCUGCUUUUGGUCAUCUGUCUACCAGUCCGAAGUUACCGUAUUGGAAGCCAACAUUGGCAAGAUUGGGAUUCCUUCCUUUGACGGAUUCAUCUCCCCCGGAAUCGACGCCGUCGUCACCCAGUCCGCCAUGGCGGCCUUUGAAAUGUACGAGAGUGUCGUCAUUCGUGCCAUGCCCAACAUCUUCCAGACCAGUGUCAAGGAUCUAUUGAAUGAAGUCUUUUUCCGCACGUACGACGAAGAAUGUCCCGGAGUCAAGGAUACUCCCGGCCUGAUUGAUUUCCGCGAUUUGCUCUUGUCCCCGGAAGAAUCCACGGCCAUGGGCGCGUCGGGAACCGCACCUUAUGGAACUCUGGCAACGUCGGCAUUCAACUUUAUCAAGACACAGCUUGCCACCAUUGAAGAAGAUGGAACCCUUUCCGCCAAUGAUAUGUUUAUCCGCGUCAUGACAGAACAGCAGUCGGGUGUCGAGGGUAUGCUGCACCUCCCGGGAGAUUUGUUCAGCUUGUCGGCGAGCGACAUCGAUUGGGCUGGGUUUGAUAUCCUCUUGUCCGGUUUCAAGUUGGCAUUGUCGGAUGUACAAAUGAUCAAUCUGGAUACCAUGGUCCCUCCCUUUCGUGUCUUGGAACCCACCGAACAUCCACACGAAUUAGACAACGAGAUUCACUUUGGACCUGUUGCAAACCGCCCACUGAACGUGUCUGCCAUGUUUUCCCUUUCCUUUGGAGAAGGAUCGCCUUACCACAUGAAGAACGACGUUCUCAUCAGCAUGUCAUCCUCCGCGUUUGAGGCACUUGCAAGAGUUGUUGCUCGCGUCGAAGCCAUGUCGUUGUUGAAUUUUCCCAUUGAUGACUUGUUGAAUCUUUCGUGCUGGUUGGCCACCGUUCUUGCUCCUACAUUGAACGAACUUGGAUUCCGAGUUGACCCCACCGAAGAGGCCGGCGUGUCCCUGGCCGAGUUCUCCAACAAGUUUCAAGACCUGGGCGUUGCUGUGGAGUGCACUAGCUGUACAACCCAUGGGUUGAACCUGCUGCCAAGCAUCCUCGAAUUGCUGAGUGAGACUGAUGUCACCUCUAUUAUGGCAGCUCGCCUCAGAUUUCUUGUCGAUGAUGUUGUUGUGAGCGAGUCCUUCCAGACGUUCUUGGAUCGACUGGUGAAUGAUGCCGCAGCCCAGUGCCCUCACAAGCCGCAAUACACCGAAGACGCGGACUCUAUCGGCAAAAACUAUGCCGAUUUGCCAGUCCCCACUCUCUCAGAGACCUCCAUCGACACUGUACAAUUUGUCAUUGCCACUACCAUUCAGGUUGGUUUCGUCGUUUUCACCCAGCUGUACUCCGAGACCGAGGUAAACCCUCAAGACGCUCUGGUUGAGCAAAGGGCAUUCACGAUCCCCGAAGGUAGCGACCUUGUCAACUUCACCGAUUUCAGUCUCAAUCUUCCAUCCUACCUCGACACUGCGCUCGAUGAGUUCUUGGCUAUGCUCAGCGGUACUCGAGUUGAUCCAGUCACCGGAAAGGAGGACUUGAGCGUUAACAUCUUCAUCCGCGAGAUGUUUGGUGCUGAUGGGGUUUUCCAGUGGGAUCUCGAGGGAGUUUCGUUUGGUCCUCAGGAUCUUGCCAUCGAUUUCCACUCCUUGCGCAUCGAAGGCCUCGAUACUUUCACAAGAUUCGAGGUUGGUGUCCCUGUCGCGCCACAGACACUCGCGAACGACCUGGCUAUGAGAAACUUGGUGCUGAAGCUUGACUUUGACAUUCGUUCUGCAGAAGCUUCGAAGAGACUUCAGGUUGCGUUUGGAUUUGACGAUCUGAGCGCUUCUUUGCCUCUGUUUGCCGCCAUUGACAAGAACAUCUUGAGGAGCCUGCAGGUGGGAUCUCUUCUCCGCCUUCCAAACUUCCUGCCCUGUUUCUUUUCAGCUAUUUACGGGUUCAGCUUCCCCCACAUGAUAGUCAAUGUGGGAAGCAUCCACAAACCAGCUGUUGUAGGCUUGAUGGAUGAGACGGACGCUUCGCUCACAACCUUGGUCGACACACUCUUCGAGCGCUAUGAAGCCACAAUGCAUUCGUCACUUCCUUCUGUCUUUGACAACGCCUUCCGUCCUCUCUUGAACAGCUUGUUCGCCUUCAUGAUUUCCGAAAACGGUGAAGGUUGCUCCAAUCCUCUCCUGGAUUCGCUCUCUAUUUCAAGACGAUUGAUGAAGGCCGCAGGGGCACCUUUCAUGGACUUCCGCGACCUCUUCUUGCCCGAGGCCUUGUCUAAGGACAUCGGAGGUCACGGUGACUCCAGAUACGGCGAUUUGAUCCGAUCCGUGUGGUCUUUGAUCGAAUCCGAAAUUCUAGACGUGUCCCCAAGCGGGGAAUCGCGCAUCAAUACUGACGUGAUUGGUCCAUUGACCGAGGGCGGAAACUUGUAUUUCCCUGGCGAUUACAUCAACGAGUAUAUCAAGUUAGACUUUGGUCCGGUACCCACUGGAAUCAAGCUCCGAGUUGCGGACUUACGAAUUGAGAAUAUCGACACUUUUGGAAACCCAUUGUCUUUGUUGGACCCCGUGCAGGACAGGCCCAACCUGAUCAACAACACGGCUACUGUCGGCGUCGGCGAGCCACUCCGGUUUGGCGUGAAGAUUGUUGUAGAUGUUUCCAAUGAAGGCGGGAAAAUCAGAAAUGACUUCGAAGUCAGCGCCAGUCUACAUUCCACAACGGCGCUCCUGGCAGCGCUUAUGAAAGUAUCCGAAUAUCGUUUUGCUGCCUUCCCGCUUGGAGACAUCUUCAACCUUGAUUGUUGGUUGGCGACGAUGCCCCCUCCUGCCAUGGACGUUUACGGCGUGCGUCAAGAUGGCGUGAACCAAUCGGCGGCUGUUGACCAGCUUUUGUUAACGAUGAAGCAGAUUGAUCUUGGCAUUGAUUGCAAAGAGUGCUCUAGUCCUGGAUUCCAAAAGCUUGCGGAUCUCUGGGCGACCCCUGAAGCUUCGAGGGAUAUGACGAAUGCGGCGAACGACUUCCUCGCAUAUAUGGGAGACGUCCUGAGUGGUGGCUUGAUCCAAAAUGCGAUUGAUCGCAGUCUAAACGACGCUGCGAAGCGUUGUCCUCACAGCCCUGACUUCAAGCCGUCAUUCACCGAAAUGAGUUAUCAAAAGUUCGAAACCGAUAUUCCUGAAACCGACACGUCAUUGGCCAUCAUCCUCAUGAUUGUUGGCGGAUCCUUCGUGGUUGCGUUGGCUGUGUUCGUUUUCAUUAUCCGCUUCUUUGUGCGCCGCCGUCAUGGUCAUUGGUUGAAGACGCUUCCAAACUCCCAGUUGAUGCUUCUCAAGCAACGUCAAGAGAAGGAAGAAGCGAAGGAAGCUGAACUCAACGCGACGACCGAGUCCAUGUUCACUAGCAGCGAUAUUCCUUUCCUCGUCCGAUGGAUUAUUCCAGUCAUCAUCAUUGGAAACGUUGGAUUCUUCCUCAGUGGACACUUGAGUCUCGGAGCUGAAGUGAAGAUGCAGAUCUCCAUCGCUGGACAAACCUUGCAGAUUGAUGAGUUCUACCAGUUCAGCCUGGCGCGAUCUACCGUCGAAAUCUGGGAGGCUGGAGGCAAGGAGCUUGCGAGUCUCAUUCUCAUCUUUUCCGGUAUCUGGCCUUACACCAAGCAAUUGAUCACACUGGUAUUGUGGUUCCUUCCUACAUCACGGUGUUCGAUCUCUCGUCGGGGUUCUAUUCUUCUGUGGCUCGAUACUCUGGCGAAGUGGUCGAUUGUUGAUAUCUUCACUCUUAUCAUGAGUGUCGCUGCAUUCCGUGUAUCGGUGCAGAGUCCAAAGCUUGGAUUUUUGCCAGAUGACUUGUACGCGUUCGAUCUCUUGGUUGUUCCAAUGUGGGGUCUGUAUGCAAACUUGAUUGCGCAGUUGAUUUCCCAAGUCAGUUCGCACUUCAUCAUUCACUACCACCGAAACAUUGUCCACAAGGCCACAAUAGCUUACAAGGAGAAGAACCACCUGGUGGCUUUCUCUCAAAGGUUUGUUGAACUGACUGAGCACUCAGAAACGUCCGACGAGUCGAAUGAUUGCCCCUAUGGAGACAGAAAGGACCUUCUGAACAGCCAUGCUUUUUCGAGACCACACCGAGGAGAAGCCGGCAAGCUCCAUACACGAGGCUUUGUCAACAUCCUCGUUGUCUUUGGAGCUGUUGUUUUCUCGGGUCUCAUUGUUGCUGGCUGCACGCUCCCGUCUACUGGACUUGAAUUCUUGGGAAUUCUGGGAAUCGCAGUCGAAUCAGGUCAGGACUGGCAAGAAGCAAGUACCAAGUUGAGCCUCUUUGAUCUUGUCACACUUUUGAUGGACCAGGCCAAAUUUCUUGACGAGAUGAAGGAUUACCUCGGCAUGGGAUUGCUCAGUGCUCUCUUGAUCAUCACUGUCCUUAUUGUUCCGUUGGCCCAGACCGCGGUACUCAUGUAUCAGUGGUUCGUCCCCAUGGCGGGUCGCAAGCGAAAACACAUGGCUAUUCUUGUUGAGAUCCUCCAGGCAUGGCAAUACAUGGAAGUAUACGUAAUUUCCGUCAUUGUGGCCACCUGGCAGCUCGGUCCCAUCUCGGUUUUCAUGAUCAACUCUUAUUGUUACACCUUCCAGGAGACCUUCAAUCAGCUCUCCUACUUUGGUCUUUUGGAGUCAGAAGAUGCACAGUGCUUCCGUGUCGAUGCAUCUAUCGAAAGUGCUUCCUACAUUUUGCUCGGGGCUGCGCUUCUCCUGGCCUUGUUGAAUACCUUUGUCAUGAACGCUGUGAAGCAAUACUUCCGCGACCGUGAUGAGGUCAUCAGCACCUCGGAAAUCAAGGAAGAGGCUUUGCGUGAGCUUGAAGCGGUACGAAAGCCUGAGCAGCCUGCCUUGGAGUAUGAGGAUCCUACUGAAAUUGACGGCGCCAAGGCUGAAGGAGAUGCGGCGUCGGAGUAUUGGGAUGGCCGCAAGGAUGCGGAAUCCUACAUCAAACCGGUGCCAGUGCUGUUUUCAGAUAAAUUUCGAUGGGUGUUGAGGCGUGCGACACCAAAGGAGGAGUUGAAUCAAGGACCGCCAUUGCCUUCUCCCCAGGAAAUGAUCAGCACGGUAAAGAGUGGAUCCACCGAGCACGCCUCCGAUGACGAAUCUCCAACAAAUAACCGUGCUCGACGGACUUCGGGAUCAGGAUCUUUUAUCCGGAAUGUGAAUGUGAACCUUGCCGACGAGGUAGAACCGAUGGAAGGAUCAAAUUCCGCAUCCACGUCUGUUGCAAAGGGACGCCGUCAUCGACUUCCAUCCGACGGAGACGAAACCGAAGUAUGAGCUCCCCCUUCCUUCUGUGGUGUCUGUUUCUCUAGCUUUUCUUCUCGACACGCAGAAAUUCCCUUUUAGAAUUGUAUUUUAGUUUCACACUUCAUUACUUUAGAACACAGUUAGUUUGC